AUGAACGAAGUCACAUUGCCACCCACACCUAAUUGGUAUUUAAGCAAUAUCUGUGCUUGUUCCUUCGACGGUACCGUAGCAUGGGGCGCUAGAAACGUGAUCAUCAUUGCUAAACCUAACGCAGGCGAGAAAACGUUACAAUACUCUAUUAUUAAGAAUGCUUAUAAACAGAGAGUGACAUGCGUUGCAUUCACGCCUCCGUUCGAGGAAGUGAAUCCUCAUUUACUAGCUUCUACAGCAGAUGAGAAUGUAAUAAAAGUCUGGGAUGCACAGACGUUAUCUACAGUUUACACGUAUACCUUGGAGGCUGGUAAACAUGCAAUCGGAAUCGAUUGGUCUCGUAAAGAAUAUGCUCUGUACGCAGCUAUUUCCGAUGGCUCUAUACUAUUAUGGAACAUGCAUUUCGAUACUGUCAUCACGAUUUCAUUAGGAAAAGUGUCGCCUACUUGUAUCUCUGCUUGUCCUCACGAUCCACACCUCGUGGCCGUAGGUUCUAAGAGCGGCUUAGUUUUUAUACUCAAUUUCCAAGGGAAAGGGAAAAUAGUUUAUAAACUUCGGGGGCACGAUAUCGAUAUAGUUAAUUUAUCGUGGUGUCCCUCGGAAACCAACGUUUUCAAUGAGAAUCUUAAUAAAGAUUCGUUGUUAGCUUCAGCAGGGAAAGAUAGAUCGAUUUAUAUCUGGAGAGCCGGUGGAGAUGGUCGCUACGAAAUGGUAAUUCCAUUACCUGUGGCACCGCUCGAUUCCCAGCAGCACAGAAGCAAAUUAAAUGCAAGUGUCGGUAACUGGAUCGUGGUCGAUUGGAUAGAACCUAAACUAUUGCUCGCGAGCUCCUUUUGGGGUGAACUUAUUGCCUGGGACUUGUCGACGAUCACAAAAGGCAAACCUGCCGUCAAGCUGAUACAUGCAUACCACAACAGAGGCUUGUUCUGCAUUGCGCACGUACCGAAUGCUCAAGAUUCUUCCGUACAAAAUUGGAGGCUGAGAGAGAGGCACGUGAUUUGGACUGUGGCACAAGAUCGAAGAGUCAUUUGUUGCGGGAUAAAGGAAACUAACGUUGAGAUAGUUUACGAUAUUUUCACGCAAACCGGAUUCGUGUAUUGCAUAGCUGCUUGCCCCUUAGACACUUCGCGUGUCGCGUUCGGUGUCGGGGAUGCGAUGUUGCGAUUAUGGAACUUGUCUGCGGAUCACAGUACUUCUUUCGAUAUAACUAUGCUAUGGCAAAAGAUUAAGGGAAAGAUUCGUACGAUAUCGUGGCAUCCCGAGAAAGAAAAUCUAUUGGCGUAUGCGACUGAAGAGGGUCGAGUCGGGGUAUUUAAUACGAAUAGUAAUAAGCUACCCGUGUUGUAUAGACAAUACCAUAGAGGCAUUGUAUAUACCAUUCAUUGGGGGCCAAGCCCAGAGAGCGGAGAAUAUGUUCUGUACUCCUGUGGGGAAGGGGAACUGGUGUAUUACGAGAAACCGAGUCAAGAGCCUAAAUCGCUACUAAAGAAAGACUGUACCGAGUUCUCUUGGAAGCCAGAUUUCUCUUGCUUAGCAGUAGGAUUUGAGGAUGGAACAAUCUCGUUUUUCAAUCGAAAGUUUGAAAUUCAAGGAUACGCCAAAAUUGCUUCGCGCAUGAUAUACUCGUUAGUGUGGCAUCCUGAAAGUACGGCGACGGAUCUAACGCUCUCUCCAUUACGAAAUUAUUUAGCUGUUUCUUCUAAAUCGUCUCCUGCAAUUAUUUUGGAUCUAACUGAUUUCAUCGACCAUCUUACGAAAGUGGAAGAUUCAUCGGACGGUUCAGAAGAAAAUCGUGAACCUUAUAAAGUUAAUCAAGUUGUGACUACCUUAGCACGCGAAAGCGGGCGUAGUUCUGUUUGUUUAGCAUGGAGUCCGUACAUAAGUGGAUAUUUAGUAUCCGGUAGUUAUGAUUGGACUGCGCAGGUAUGGAACGUUCAAACAGAAGAGUUAAUAGCAAUUUAUACGGGGCACAUCGGCCCUGUAGUGUGUUGCAUGUGGAGUCCAUUAAAUCCUGAUUUCAUUAUAACAGGCUCUGCAGAUUCUACAUUGCGAAUAUGGAAAAUAGCUGAUAAUGCGCCGAAUAAUGAACUGCCAAAGAAUACUACUAAAAAGAAACAAAUUAAAGCUAAGAAUAAAAUAGCUGACACCACAGCGGUCCAGAACGACUUAACGGAAUUGACCGAUGGCGUGUCGGAAUGUUCUAUCUCGAACGUUUCUCCGAUUGUACAAAAGAAACCGGUAACGAAGGACGUGAAAAACAAAAAAUCCGAACGGCCAUCCUAUUUUACGAAAAACAUUAAAGCAGUGAACGAUAAAACAGUCUUUCUCAAUCCUUUACUAAAUGUCGUAAAGAGCAUGAAGGAUGAGAGUUUCGAUGCUGAGAAAAUUCAGAAGGAUACUUCGUGUGAUACGAUGUCAGUAUUAUUUUUAACGGACGAAAACCUUAUGUCAUUUUUGACUCAAGAGAGAACUACUCAUGCCGCGAAGAAUAAUCACAAUCUAGUCACGGAAAUGGACUUAUGGUGUGACAAUCUUAAACUAAAUUUAGAUGAAGCUGUCAAAGAAAAGCGACUGAACGAUUUCCUUGUCUCGCUUUCAGCUAGUCUGUCUGUGAAGACGUGGAAGGAUAUGUGUCAACAAUAUGCAUAUCAAUUGAUAGCUGAAGGAAAUCCUUGCAAAGCGGUGUCGUAUUUACUCUGUAUACAUAAAACCUAUGAAGCUAUAGAAGUGUUCCAAGACGCAAACUUAUAUAAAGAAGCGUACGUCCUUGCAAGGUCUAAGCUCGAAUCCGACGACCCGGUUCUGACAGAUAUAUUAAAAAAUUGGGCAACAUACAGCGUGAAUUCAGGCGAUUUCGAACAAGCUGCGCUCGUUUACGCUAAAUUAGGAGAAUUAUCCGAUGUCGUAAAAUACCUCGCACGGCGUAAAGAUGCGACCAUGUUAAUAACAGCUGCCGAAAUCGCAGUAUUAUGCGACGACAAUACUCUCGGUGAAUCUUUAGCUGAACAAGCAAUGAUCAUGACUUUGAAAAGUGAAAACCACGAGCUAGCCCGAAAUAUAAUAAUAAAGUUUCCGCGUUUCAAGUAUUACGAGGUGUACUUCUUGGCUAUCGAAGAACUUUGUAAAACAAUGGAUAGGACUAUUACUCCUGACAUGGUAUUAACGUGGUUAAAUGGAAAAUCAGAAUACGAUUUACUGGGAACUUUAGAAACACGCUGCGGUGAAUGUAAUUCUUAUUACGAGUAUUUGUAUGAAAAUAGAAGUCAUUAUACUGCGAUUAACGAGGAAAAGAAGUUAGGCUUAGUACUCUGUAAUGACCUCGCACUAGUAGUAGCUUCAAAGAACGAAAAAGAAAGAUUGAAACACAUUCUGAAAACGUUACAUACUAUUACUGAGUUUGAAAAAGGAUGUACACAUACGUUUGGGAAUGUUGGAGAGAAGCUUAAUCUUUCAAUGGAAUUUAUUAUAAAGCUGAGUCCGAAAAGUUUAAUGGACGAAACGGGCAUUUAUAAAAAGAAUGACUAUUCUGUAUCAGUUAGCUUACGAGCUUAUCUAUGUUACAUUUUACUAAAUUGGCUUUUGUAUAAUAUCGACGACGAUGCUGUUAUUGAUAAUCUACAAACUUAUGUCAGUGUAAUUGAGGAUCUACUGGAAGAUACAAUAAACAAGGAAACGAUAGAGUAUUGUAUGAUAACGAAUAACGUUCAGGCCAAGGAGAAGACAGUAGCUUCUGCCAUAUGUAAGAUACAAGAAGAGAAAGGAACUGAUGAGAACGUGGAGUCACUUAUGGAAGAUCUAAACGCGUUAAAAGCUCGAAAGGAAGAAAUAACGAAAAAAUUAGUUUGUGUCCCGCAUCCUAUGAUGGUAUACGGACAAUUGAAUGAACUCUGUAGUAAGAUACCUGAUGAAAUUCUUAGAAAUAAGUUCGCAGAAAGUCUUUCUAACACGUGGAAGAAAGCGACUACCUAAAGUGCUUUGUACAUCGUGUUAAAGACAUUGAAUAGAAUAAGUACUUGUCUUUUUCUUUUUUGUUUUACAUUCACUUUACUACUUAUCGCUAAGUUGAAAUCGCCAUGGAAUUAUACGAUGAUUUUUAUUCGUAGAAAUUAAGAAUAACUGUAAAGCGAGAAUGAUUUUUUCAUAAUAAAAGUGAUUGUUUUUCA